AUGCACCAGACACAGUACACCAGAGAAGACCAUAUUAGCAACAGCAGCAGCAACACCAGCACCAUGGAAAAACCAGAGACCAAACGACACCAGAGACCAGACAAAGACCAAACAACAAGCAACACCAGCAGAGACCAGACAAAGACCAAGAAGCAGACAGCAGAGACAGCAGAAAAGGAAUGGCAGCAGCACCCACGUCAAACAGGCAAAAAAAUUAUCAAAACCUAA